GGCAUCUUGGCCCAGCGACCUCUCCUCUUUGGUACUUAUCUUGGAAAGGACUGAGAGCCAGGCUACAUCCCUACGCCCCACCUCCUCACCUUUCUCCUCCUCCUCCUCCUCCUCCUCCUCUCUCUCUCUCUCUCUGCUUCCAUUCCAUUUGAGCCGCUUUUCUGCUAUCUCCAUGGCAGAGGGAGACGAAGAUCAAACUAUUGAUCGUCCGAUCUUUGCAGUAGCAAAUGAUACUUCUCCAUUCUCAUGUCCGUUUCUCUUAGGAAACCCCCAUGAGCAUGGAGCAGAUGGCAGAGGUUUCCACCCACCCCGGCAACAGCUACCGCAACAAGAGACCGUGGAUCAGUCGAGUGAUCAUUGGAUAUCACGUCCCACCAGAGAUCAAGAUAUCGGGAAGACGAUCGAGUUGAAUUGGUGCAAAGAUGAAGAACGUCAUCAGUGGAUGUCUUCUGAGAUGCGGAUCAUGAAGAAGACGACGAGCUCGGAAGAUGGCACACCGAGGGGAUGCAGGCAAACCAAUUGCAGCAUCAAUCCUCCAGCUGAUAUUACCAGAGUCUGCUCCAUCUGCAAGACAACAAAAACUCCUCUGUGGAGAGGUGGCCCUCGCGGCCCCAAGUCCCUUUGUAAUGCUUGCGGGAUAAGACAGCGGAAGGCGCGACGGGCCAUGGAAGCUGCUGCCAGAGGCGGCGGCGGACUAAUCCGCAGUGAUGCUCCAACUAAGAUACGGAAAGAGAAGAAGCCAAACAUGCGUCGAAUUCUCCCAUUCAAGAAGCGGUGCAAGAUCACCACUGCAAGCACUUCUCAGAAGCAGCUCGGCGUGGAAGAUGUCGAGAUCGGUCUGAGUUCCAAUUCAGCGUUCUAUGAAGUGUUCCCGCAAGAUGAAAGGGAUGCAGCUACCUUGUUGAUGGCUCUCUCUUGUGGCCUAAUUCGAGGUUGAGCAUUGCUUUCCCUCUGGGAGAGCUACGUUGACUCUUGCACUCAUGGGCUAAUUAUUAGAUCGUGACAGUGUGAGCUCAUAGUAUGUUUCUGUCGUGUGAGGGAGGGUAAGAAGCGUUCGAGUGAGCUAGUAAACCGGUGAAGGCACUGUGUGAUCAAUUGAUCAUUAUUUUCACUGUCAUCAACCAUUUCUUGUGAUCGAACCUCGGUCUUUCUCCUGUUCCAAUGCACAUGCAUCAGAGAUAUCAGCUCUUC